AUGGAGCACUUACAGAACGCUUCAUUUUAUCCAACAACUUCAAGGGAACAAAUGAAGUGUCUACCAGUUUAUUCAUCAGGAAGCGGUGUAAUUCCAUCUUUUCUUCUCGAAGAAUCAAGAGUUCCACAGUUUUAUCAAAAGGCAAUAAGUAGUUGUGGAGCAUUAAAUCCAUCACAAUUACCAAAUACUGCACAUGUUUAUAAUCUUAUGGUUGGAUCGGGUUUGCCUCGUUCAAUUUUGGGAAAUAUUUGGUCGUUAGUUAAUUGUACCUUUCCUGGUCAACUUACUCGUCAAGAAUUCUUCGCUUGUUUGGCUCUUAUUGCCUUAGUUCAGAAAGGCCAAGCCUUAAGUACUCUUGCAUCUGCUUCUGUUUUACCAAUACCAAAUUUGCAAGUGAAUGUUCCUUCUUCUGCUGCUUUUUUACCAUCUACUCAUUCUAUAAUGCAACCAUCUUCUUUCAUCUCGCCAACAACAUUUCAUACGAAUCCCCCAUCAUCUAAGCCUUCACCUACUGCAAUUUACACUAAUUUUGACACGCAUCUAUCUGCCUCUCAUUUGCCUACUAAUAUAAGGAUGCCAAUCCUUACUUCUGUCGAUACAAACCAAAGUUUAACACCAAAUUCAUCUUGCUUAAUUUCACCUUUGACUUUAAAUUCAUUUAAUGCACCAAACUGCACACCUUUAAAUUUAUCAGACCAAUCAAUUAAUUUAAAAAAUAAUUUUUUUCAAAUUGAAAAUCCAAUGUUUUUGCCUUCUUCAAGUAAACAAAUUUCCAACCGACAAUCAUUUAUGCCUCCCUUAUCUACCAAUUCAAAAAAUGAUCAAAAACUUAUCACCAAUUUUGAAUUGUUAAAUGAGUCGUCGAAGAUUACAAUGAAUGGGAUCGAUAUGCUUUGCAAUAUAUCUUUUCCAUUACUUCCCGCUUCUAAUGAAGUAAAAAAAGAAUCAUUAUCGAAUCAGUUUGCAGCUUCCAAUUCAAAUUGUUUGCUAGAUUUAAAUAUUUCUGACUUAAUUCCUGCGAAAACUACUGAGAAAAGUUCAAUUGAACUUUCUGCUUUCGAUAAAGUUGAAGAAUCAAGUAUUUCUGCUGAUGAAUUGAUAGAAAAGCAAGAGUUGCAGGAUGGUGAGAAAGUUGCUGUAUGGGAGCGGUGCAUAAAAGAGGCAAGUACUUUAUUCCACUCAGCUGAUAUUGUUCUUCCUCCUUUUUCACAUGAAGCAAUUACCGCCGUAUCUCGUACUGAGAAAGGUGCACAUUAUUUGAUGGCCCUUAAAGCGAUAUACGAGAUGGUGCAACGAAUAAAAGAAGGUCGUGAAUUUAAGUUGAUUGGACAAAAAAAUGAACUAGACGAAAUCGAGGCAAUAUGGUCACGUUUAAAACAAUUUAUUGAUAAACCAGGCAAAACUGCGAUAACUCGAAAUGUUAAUGGUGUUUGUGCAACACACUGUGGGAUCUGCUUAAAGGAAAUUGAAUACGAUUCAUUACUUGAAUUUGCAGGUACUGUUUAUCACAAACAGUGCGCUAAUUUAUGGAUAAAUCGUGUCAACUCACUUCUUCCUAAAUUAUCGAAUAAUUGA